AUGAGUCAGUGGAUAACAAGAAGCGAUGCGGUGCACUGGUAUAUGGAGGAAUUGAGCUCGCACGUGGUAGCGAAGAGCGGUAUACCGAGUGAUAGACACCAUCUGGGAAAACUGAUUUUUCAAAGCUUCAAAGACGCUCCUGAUCAUACUUUACAAAUAGACGGUGCUACCGAUGAAUCAGAGACAUUUGGCUCUGCACUGACAAGAUCAGUUCAGUGUGCUACAGCUAUGAGAAACUUAGGUUUAAAAUGUGGAGAUACAAUUGUAGUGAUGUCUCCGAAUCACAUUCAUUUUUCAAUCCCUAUCUAUGCUGCAUUUUAUCUCGGCAUAACUGUCGCGGUUAUCGAUAUGACUAUGGGAAUUUAUGACCUUCGAGAAACUCUAAAAAACAUUGGUCCUAAGGUAGUCUAUUGUCAAAGUGAUAGAGUAGAGGUUGUUCGAUCAGUACUGCAAAUGUUAAAAGUUGAUACACAAAUUGUUACUUUUGAUAAGAGUGAUCAAUACUUAUGUCUUUUUGAACUUCUCAAGGAGAAUGGAAGUGACAUUUCGGUUAACGACUUCAAAGUUGCAGAUUUCGACCCAGCGGAGACAAUAUUGUUGUUAAUAGCAACUAGCGGAUCAACCGGUUUACCUAAAUCAGCUGCCAUUUCUCAUAAAAAUAUGGUAGUUACUGUACUAUAUUUGUGGACAAACUUCAAAAAGUUUCCUAUGCCCACUCGCAUGUCAGUUUUACUUUCACCUAACCAGUGGUAUUCAGCGCACUUCCAGGUUGUCUGCUCGCCUAUAAUGAGGCACACUAGGUUACAAUCAUCUGCAACUUUGACACAGAAACAUAUCUGUUAUCUCAUCAAUAAAUAUAGAAAAAUUUCUCCAAAAACUCAAACAAUAGUAAUUUAUGGUAUGAGUGAAGUACCGGGACUUAGUUUCAACUUUGAUUUAAAUCGACCAACCUCUCUCGGAACGCCAAUUCAGGGCCUGGAAUAUAAGUUAAUAAAUCCUGCAACCUUAGAAGUCAUUGUGGAAGCUAACGUGCCUGGUGAACUGUGCUUGAAGGGACCGGGAGUGUUUAAGGGCUACUACAACAACCCAGAAGCGACAGCAGAAAUACUAAUGGAUGACGGUUGGUUAAGAACUGGCGAUAUUAUGUACAGAGAUGAAACAUCCUACUACUAUUAUGUAGACCGAAAGAAAUUGUUGUUUAAAUAUGAUUGUAACCAGAUUUCUCCGCUUGAAAUUGAAAACGUGAUACUCACCCAUCCAGGAGUAUUCCAAGUUGCAGUCUCUAGUGUUCCACAUGAAUAUGGAGAUUUGAUAGUCGCUUGCGUAGUACCACAUGAGGGAUACCAAAUCACGGCCCAAGAAAUCAAAAGUUUAGUUAAAGAGUCGCUUAGUGAUUCAAAACAACUAAGGGGAGGAGUUAUUUUCCUAAAAGAGCUACCACUAACUUCAACUUCAAAAAUCAAUCAUCCAAAACUGGCAGCUAUGGUUUUAUCUAUGAGAAGAGAAUAA